GAAAGGUCGCUUUCAUUUUUUAGUGUGCUUUCCAAAUAGACCUUAUCUUAGACUUCUGUUAUCUUUGAAAUCUUCGGAAGGGGAAUACCGUGGACGAAAAGAAUCAAAACGUGCGUUUUUUUUUUAAUAGGAAUUAUUCCUCCAUUUUUUAGGCGACACGAUAAAUGUUCAGAUUCAAUGUUGCAUUACGGAAAAAUCCUGUAAUAUUCAAGCAGGGUCAAGGCAUGUUUACGCACCAGCUCAAGCAUAUUCUUAAUAAGAAAUCGUUACAUAAAUACAAUUGGGAUCCACUUCCCAUGUAUGACCCUCGCAAGCUUGUGCACUCCAAUCGCUACAUUGACCAUGACACCUAUGAAGAGAAAUACUCACCAUGCUGGAUGGAAAAUGCAUAUCUAGUUCCCGAUCAGCAAUUUUAUCACAUUCCAGUCCCUUCGGAGUACAAGGACGCAUACUGGUGGCGUGAUUUGCAGGCGCGGCGCGUCCAGUGUCCAAUAGAGUGGGUGAGCCAUCGAAUGUACAGCAAAAAAGAUCGUCAGCUGUAUGAUUUUCAAGAUCUUGCUGUUCGGAAGAAGUUUGAGUAUCCUUAUGAAGAGGUAGUGCAGAAUGCGAAGGAUAUGAGGAAUUGAAAGAUAAAAAUGGUGAAUUUAUUUGUUAGUGGAAAUGUGCUCUGUUUCCUAUUUUCCACUUUUUCGCUCAAUAACGAACAUA